AUGUCUGUGGUCAUCAUCGUUUUUGAUCAUCGCCGCCGCCUCAUCGGACUUCCCAACUCGUAUGAGUCGCUCAUCCAGAAGGCGCGUGCGGAGUUCAAUCUAGGAGAUGCCGACUUGCUUGUGCAGUUCAUUCCCCCCUUCCUGGACGAAGAGGUCGAGCUUGAUCCAACUGCCUACCACGCCAUCCCCGACAAAAGCAUCCUUUUCUUCUCCAAGUUGCACUCACAGAGUACUGCGGACCCCGGGCCAAAGAGAAAGCGGACGAAGACUGGGAAAGCCCCUCAGCCGACCUCAAGCUUCGCUGUUCACGUCAAAACAUAUUCAUUAGUGACUGGCAAGACCAUCACGGUAGACACCAAAGCCUCAGCUUCGGUUGCGGAGCUCAAAAAUCUACUCUAUGAAAGUGAGGGCGUGCCUCCCGAAGGCCAACGACUCAUCUUUCAGGGAAAGCAAAUGACGGAUAUUCGGACUUUGGCCUCCUACUCAGUCAAGAACAACGACUCGAUUCAUUUCGUCCUGGCAUAUCGGGGGGCCAAGCCUGCCAUUUACCUCAUGUCUCCGGCAAAGCUCUCCGCCGUCACCGUAGACGUCACCCUCACAAAGCACUGGGAAUUCUCUAUUCUCUAUCCAAUCGUCGAGCCCGCCAUCCUUUCUGGCAAAUCCCGCGCCAAGUGGCAAGUCUCUGUCAGCCCGGAUGGCACGCUCGAGACUUUGGAAGCUUCAGGGCCGAACUUGGAGUGCAGCUACCUCUUUUGGGAAGCCGAGGCCAUCGCAGGCGAUAGCAUCGCUCCGGAACUUGUAGCUGACUUUCCUUUCAACCCUCAGCGCCCUCUCCUUUGCUUUAAGGGACCAACCGCGCUCAUCUUGUCCUUCGACGACUUUCUGCCUUAUCUCGACAAGGUCCUGCAGACCCUGACAUUGACACCAGCUAUGCGCACCGAAUUCAUUGUGUACUGGUUGCCCAAGUUCAUAAAAAUCCGCGACAGGGGUCAAGAUAUUGCGUUCGACUUCGUGCCCCAAUCAGACUUUCAGAAGGUUGCUCAUUUGGAGAUCGAGCCCCGACCUGACACGGUUGCUCGCGUCUUCCUCAUCUUCCGUGGGACAUUCAAACAAACCCACGGACAGAAAACUCUGGCGGAACUAGAGGACAUUGAUUGGUCUGCUAGAAUCGGUAUUGAUGUGGCAGGAAUGAAGGAUGCAGGCACUUUUCGGGCUCUGGAAUGGGGUGGAAUGGAAGUGAUCACGGUUUAG